UAGAGCGAUAAAUCGCAAGGGGGCCAAGGGAACCACAGGAAAUUGGCUGUCCUCAGCGCGAUUCAUCCCGGCGAGCGCUCGCCUCAGUCGGAGAGAGUCUCGUCGAUCCCCCCCCCCCUACCCCGCGCCGGUGGAAGUGGAACGGUGAUGGAGGAGCAGUUCGUCCUCCGCGUGCCCCCGUCCGUGGCGGAGCGGAUCGAGCGCCUCAUGAACGAGUCCGCCGCCGCCUUGUCCUCCAACGCCGAUGAGCCAUCCCUCGACCUCUCCUUCUCAGAGGAUGGAAGAAACGGUACAUUUAUGAUCGGUAAUGAGAGCUUUCCUGCAUCUCUCUUGGAUCUACCUGCAGUUGUGGAGUCAUAUAAGACAUAUGAUGAUUCUGUGUUAAUUAAAACUGCUGAUAUUGGUCAGAUUAUUAUGGUAAGAGAAGAAAAUGAUCCUGCUCCAGAAGGAGUUGAAUACAAGCAUGGGCUUACUCCUCCAAUGAGGGAUGCACGCAGGCGACGUUUCCGCAGAGAGCCCGACUUGAAUGCAGAACUUGUUAACCAAGUUGAGAAGCAUCUCAUCAAUAUUAUGCACGGAGUAUCUGUCAAUCAGAAUGCCAGUGUAAUUGGAGGAGAGGAAGGCGGUGAUCGUAAGAAAGCUGCAGCAGCUCGUGCACCCAAGCGUGAUGUUCAAGAGCCUGCUGCAAAUGGCGAGGAAGCUGAGCCUGAGAGGAGCGACUCGGAUGAGUCCGUGGAUCCAGAGAAUUGAAGUGGACCUGCGUAGUGCAGCUUCAGUGGCCCAUGCGAGCCAUGUUAAAUCAGAGUGUAUAUCUGUAACUACGAAGAUGCUUGUUGUCACUCAUACAUCUUGUUCAUUAUUAUCGUGCAAUC